CUUCCCCCCCCCCUACCCCCUUGUGCAAACGGAGGUUAGCCAGAGCGCCGGAUCUUGCAGGAUCCUGCAGGGCCAGGGUUGCACUGACCUGGGUCAGCGCGCAGGAUUCUGCAGGAUCCUGCGGGAUCUUGCAGGAUCCUGCAGAGCCCGAUUGUGUUCCAGACUGACCCUGGUUGGCACUGACCCAGGCCAGUGCGUCCCCGACGGAGGCGCUGUCAGGCUGUCAGCGCCUGGCGGGGCACGGCUCCAGCGAGAGGCGGUGGGCCGGGGAGGCGGGGGGCACGCCACGACAUGAACAUAACCAUUUGGAGGUCCGCGCAGAUGUCUGGACCCCCAUGACCUGAUGCUGAAGAACCAUGACCCUGGGUUCAUGAAGACUCUGCGAGAAGAAUGGAGUGGCCUGGGCUGUGUGUUCCGAGCCUUGGUCUAUACCAAUACUGGAGUUUUGUGUUGGGCCGAUAUUUCAAGACCUUCCGGGUGGAUGAGUUGCGUGCGUGGUAGCAUUUACACGGCCUUUGUGGUAUUUGCAACCUUUGGAUGUCUGAACAUCCUGGUAUGCAUGUUUGUGAUGAAGAGUGAAGGCAUGAUUGCGGACUUGGAGAGGCUCUGGAGUUCCGAAGAGGCGAUCUUGAGCUUUUCCAAGAGUUGUUCAGAGAAAUCGGCUUUCACGGAACGGGCGCGAAGGACGAGAAGGAUUUUGCAAAUACGUGGGGCAGAUCUUGCAUUUCAUUCAGGCGUACUCCACAUGUCAACUAUUCACUACACGACUCCACGCGUGUUCUUCAAGAUGAUGGACAUGAACCGUAAUGGCGAGCUCGGCAUGCAAGAGCUUAGGAGGCCUGUUUGCUGUUCCAGGGCGAGGUGAAGGCACAUGACGUAGUUGAGGUUUUCGUUUCUGGCGCGUGCGGUGGACUCUCGCUCUUAGGAGGGCUCGCAGCGACCUAUUCUACGCGCUUUUGUCGCGGUGUGAAUGGUGGGAAGCAUCUAGCCACGUAGGCACCUCUCCAUGGCAGGGGGUGGGUGUUUUCUAUUUUUGCGUUCUGGCAGGCUCCAGCGCGCUACUGUGCACAGUGUCCUCGCAGGCGUCACGUGGUAUCGCAGAACAAGAA